AUGCAGACGUAUAAAGGCAGAGCUGGGGCCUCUCCCAGGGCUCAGCCUGGGACAGCCCCGAGGGCUUUUGGCUGCCAUAUGGAAGAUCACUCCAAGCAUGUCCGUUCUGUCCCACUCCCAGCUAUGCAGCAGAACUUGAACUAUGUGUACCCCCAGAUCUUUUGGGUGGACGGCUGUGCUGACACCAGCACUUCCUGCCCCUCGACACCCCCUGUUGCUCCUUUCCCGCCGCCAGUUCCUGACCGGAGGACAAAGCCAAGGAACAACAGGGAAAGGAGGAGCGUUGGCUUCCUGGUGAUCUCCUUGCUAAUCCUAUUGGCUCUCACUGGAGUGGGACUGAGCAUGUUUCAGAUUUUCCACCUGGAGAAAGAACUGGCUGAACUCAGAGAGUCUGCCAGCACUGAACGCAUCCCUCCAGCUUUGGAGAAGCUCAUAGGGCAGAGGGAGCAGCUCAAUGAAAAGGAAGCAAGGAAGGCAGCACACUUAACAGGGAACCCAGCCCAGCGGGACCUUCCUCUGGAGUGGGAGCCCGUCUCUGGCCAUGCCUUCACCAACGGCGUUCAGUACAGGGACCAGGGCCUCGUCAUCAAUGAGACAGGCCUGUACUUUGUGUACUCCAACAUCCUCUUCCGAGGCAGCGUCUGCAGCAGCCAAGUGUUGACCCACCUCGUCUACAAGAAAAACCCGUCCUCGCCGGGCAGCCACGUGCUGAUGGAGGACAAAGGCAUCAACUACUGUAUGGGUCAGAAAAUGUGGGCCCGGAAAAGCUACCUGGGGGCUUUGUUCAACCUCAGGAAGAUGGACAGUUUGCAUGUCAAUGUCUCCAAAAUUGCUCUAGUUAAUUUUGAGGAAUCCAAGACGUUCUUUGGCUUAUUUAAGCUUUGAAUGGGGCUGUCAGAGCGGGGCUGGUAGCCCCCUAUACCCCCCCACCAAGGGGUGAGUACGUCUGAAUGGCAGUGACUAAGCCAAUGUUUUGCACCACAGAGCCCACCAAGAAACCAAUGUUUCAAUUUUCAGCAUGAGAGGGCUCAAGCAACUGGUAAAGGCUUGGAAGCAAACCUCUGGAAAGCACCAGAGCACUGUACUGUAUCACCCUGAAGAGAAUCACACGUUAAUUGCCUCUGAGAGAAACCCCAUCAAACUUACAAUGCAGUGUGCUUAAGACCCUGAUGAAACUCACUACUUGUUACCUGAGAAGAUGCUGGUGCCAGCUGCCCCACAUGGCACCGUGGCCCUGGUGAGCUUGGGAGACAGCUGGCAGGCAUUGAGAAGGACCCUUAAGCCAGGACUGCGGGUGCCUGAGCUGUGCACACUGCAGGUAGUGCUGUGGGAAAGAGUAGUGUGGAGGUCUCAGCUGCCCACGCUGAGCAAUGGAAGGCCAUCCUGCCUGGGCACUUGGCACUGUGACUGCUGUACAACAGGCACCUGCAUGUUAGCUGGCUUCUUGCACACGCUGUGUUCAUAUUGCAUUAAGUUAUUGAUUGUUCAUACCCUAGAAAAUGUGCCCUGACCCCUUUAUUUAACUCAUCCUGCCUGCCUUGCAAGUCAUGUGCUAGAAGCAGCGGUGUCGUGAGGGGGUACCAAACCCUGGAGAGACACUGUGACUGUGCCAUGGUGGUGGGGGCUGGUGGGGAGACCAUGUGCUCUGCUGGCAGGACCUGAACAAUGCAGUGGUGGAGAGCAGUGAGGCCUGAGGGGACAGAAACAUCUCCAGACCCCUUCCUGCCCUUUUUACACAUCAGGGGCCCGGUGGAGACCUGGUCCUGCCACCCCCUGCAUGGUGCUGGUUACUGUCAAUGGCAUGGUUUUGCUUGACCCCUUGUCAGGGUAU